AUGGAGAGGGAGAGAAAAGCAGGGGUAUCGAAAGAUACCUCUGCCAACACAUCAGGUGAUGUUACGGUGGUGCCAGCAGCGGUACCAAUAAUAACAGCAACAACAUCUGGUCAGGUGUCUGACCAGUGGAUGGAAGCAACUUCUAAUAAGAAGAGGAAGCUAAAAAAACACAGUCCCAAUAAAGUUGAAAGAACCAACUCAGCUAAGCGGCGUGAUAUGAGAAAAAAAAUGGAGAAGACUAAAGAAGGAAUCACAACUGAAAGUGAAUUCUCAGACUACGCCGAGUCUGAGAAGACAGAAUAUGUAUCCGAAGGUGGGGAGGGGCUUUUCAGGUCUCCGAAUAUGGAUUUAAUCAUAUCGGAGCCAGAGACAGUCCCGCCGACAACGAAGGCUUUGGAGGUAGAGGCGGACCUCCAAGAUGAGACAAGACUUGUAAAGGCCCUGCAAGCCAAACAAGCAACCAUCAGCCAAUUUGAGGAAAACCUCAGAAAGCUCAAGGAGGAAAUGGAGCCCCUCCUCACGCAGCUGAAGGUAAAACAAGAGGCACGCCGACAACAAGAGGCAGCUCAACGGCAACAAAAACAACAGCAGCAAAAACAACUGCAACAGGGACAACAGCAACAACAACCACAGUUGGUUGUUAAGGAACCAUCAUUCUUCUCUCAAUCUUCUACAACUCCGUGCCUCAAAUACCAUUUCUCUGAGUUUAUUUUAAGGUUCUAG